AUCAAACAACCCGCCCAGUCAGUCCCUCACGGUAAACCGGCUCGCUCGGUUCUCUCUGUCGCGUCGUCCGUCUCUCGCCGCGUCCCUCUCUCUCCUUCUCCUCUCGCUUCGUCGCGGAGCGUUCUGAUCCUCGCGCCUCGGAUUCCGAACUAACAACGCCCGGCGCGAUCAGUAAUAGUAGUAGUAGUAGUAGUAGUGAUCUUCUUCGAGAGUGGCGAGAUCGUGGCGGCCGUGCGUACGGCGAUUCAGUGCGAUCGAUAAGUUGGUUUGACAAGCGCACGGAAAACCCGGCCCGGUGAGCCGCCAUAGCUGCCCUCCUGUCUCCUUCGCACGCCGCGCUCCUCUUCACGGAUUCUCGUGUCUGCCAGUGGAUAUUACUCGACGACGCAAGGAAAACAUCUCGCAAGAACAGGACAUAGGAUGGGCCGAGCCGUGCAAAGAGGUGUCGUUCAACACUGAAAAGGAGGAGUGUCUCGAAAAAGCGAAAGAAGCAGGAAAGCGCGAAGGAUGCCUUCUUCGCAAACCGCCGCAACCGAGCGGCGAAACGAUAGGGUGCAGCUGACACACGAACCGCCAAAAUUGAAAACUACCUUGAAAACACCUCCUAAGCAAGCGACCAAUCCUUUACAAUUCGUCAAAGUCGGGCCAUGUUCACUAUACCGAACCGCGCAGGAGCAGCUCCAGAAGGUUCAAGAGGUGAAGAAAAUCAAACAAGAGGUCCGCGAUGAUCCUGAAGAUUGGCAAUCGAAUUUAGACAACUGGAAGAGCAGCCGAAGGAAGCGGCAGGAGCAUAUAAUCGAGCGGGUGGUGGAAGUGAAGAAACUAGAAUUAGAGGAGCAUGACCGCCAACGCCGUCGGAACAAGACCUUCUCGGAGAUGAUGGAGGAGCGCGGCAACAGAGGUCGCAAACUGAGCAUCAGUUUGGCCAUGUAUAACGACGAGGAUGCAAACGAUCUCAGCGAUCUUGGAAUCGGCACCAGUAGCGGCAAGAGCUCUGUUAGCGGCGACACACACGACGACACGCACAGCGUUCUGAGUGACAGGGACAGCGAGAUGGAGAAGAGCCAUUCGGAUGUCGACAACCUUACCGAUGCGGCCUCAUCUACGAUGAUCACCACCACGACGCUGACGGCGACAGCGACGACGGUCGCGAGCACAUCAGCCGCGGUAACGAGUGCGUUGGCGGCGACGUCGGCGGCGACGGCGGCGAUAACGACGACGGAAACAACGACGGCGACGGCAACGACGACGACGACGACGACGACGACGGCGGCGAUGCCGACUGUCAUCGCGACAACAACGGCGUCUGCGACGUCAACGGUGAUGUCUAACGCGACGAGAAAAGCGUUCGGUGGUUUUCACAAUCACAAUCAAGAGUACGACUCCGCUACUACCGCGACCACGAGCUCGCCCGAACCGGAAGAGUACACAUACGAAGGCGCUAUUCGCGGUUACGUGUCGCGGGUGUCGCAGAAUAUACCGAGGAGGUCUUUGACCGGGAUCGACUCCAAACUCGAGGGAGCGAAAUCAUCGGUGAAUGGCUCGAAGACGAGCCUGAACGACGACAGUAAGUCUCCCUUGUCGGUGGUGAAGGUGGACAUACUGAAGAGGCGCGAGGUGUUCGAGAAGGCGUCGCAGAAGAGUAAUGACAGUAAAGCAAACAACAGGCUCUCCGGCGAUUUCACCGGCACGAAGUCGAUCAAGGAAAGACUCUCGAGCCUCGAGAAGCAAAAAUACGAGACGGAGAAUUGCGACAAAAGUGGCAGCAAGACGCUCAACCGAUUAUCUGGCGACAUGAGCUCGAUCCGGGAGAGACUCACCCACUUAGAGAAGCAAGCUUCGGAGCGUGAGAGCAAGAGUUCCGUUCACCGCAAGCUCAGCACGGAAGAUAUGGAGACGGUGCGGCCUCUCAGGGAGAGACUCUCUACCCUCGAGAAGUACAGCAGCAGCGACGAGUCGUCUGUGCCGACCACGACGAACGAGUCCCGACAUAACGGCGAGCUCAGUGCUAGGACGAUCAAAGAUCGCCUCAGCGCACUGGACGCCGCCAGGAGCAAGGAUUCAACGGACAAACGGCCCGCCGUUGACAAACACGCGCUCUGCUUCCGAGACCAGGAGAACAGGAUCGACACCUCGACGCCCAGCGAGAGGAGCUCGUCGCCGGACUCGGAGUAUCGCGUGCCACGCGCCAUCUUCCACAGGAGCUUAGAUUCUCUGGACGCCGACGCUUCCAGCGGGCCUGACACUUUCGAGCGCGUGCAAAGCCUCGAGGAGCUCGAUUACGGUCGACGGUAUCCCGCCUCGUCGUCAUCCGCGGAACUCCUCAACGACACGGACCGCGAGGACUCGGGUAUCCAUACCGCGGACGUGAGCUGCUCGGUCAGCCAAGCGGACGAGCCGAUCGACGAGGAGAUCGUACACAUCAGCAGUAUCGUCGAGCGACGGGAGACCGCAGCCGAGGAGAGGGUCAAGCCCACGCCUGUCCAAGAGGACACGUCAACGCCGAGCAGCACGGCGGUCGAAACUCCGAGCGAAGUCGCCACGACGACUCACCAGUUCGCCAGUCAUCGGGAGGCAGUAGCGGUGAACAAGGGUACUGCUGACAUCUCUGGGGAACUAUCGACUAACAAAUCACAGCCGCAGACGCACGUAGAGACCACUACUAACUCUAAUACACUUCGUUCACAUACCUCCGUGCCUCGCGCGAUUACCCAUCUAUGUCCCAAGACGUCUCAGCGAGAAACGACCCCCGAAAAUCUCUCGAAAGCGCGCGCAUUCGGCAAAGACGUCGCCGAGCUCAAAGCAGAGUCGGAACCGAGCCCCACCGAGUCUAUAGUAUCGGCCAGUCUGAAACUCUCCAUUGAGCAAGCGAGAUCUAAAUUUGCCGGACCGGCGAAGCGGCAGAAUCCGUCUAAGGAGCAAUUCCAGUCUCUGCCAUCCUCGGACAUCAGCAGCGCGGAAACUUACCAAUUAACGUUUCCCACUGUCAGAGCGACAACGGUUCCGACCAGUCCCUCCCCCGAAUCCAAUUCGACUUCUAAGCCCGCGUCUGCCCGCGCCGCGUCUAAGAUUCCCACCCCGCUCUCUCGGAAAACCGCCAAGUCCUCGCCGACGAGUUCCGACUCGGCUUUGACCUCGUCGUCCGGCCUGUCCGCCGGCGUUCUCAAAGCUUCGCCGUCAAAGAGUCAUCCCGCGAACUGUAACAAGUCCUCGGCGAGUCCGACUGCCUGCUCGCUUCCGAGAACGUCCGAGGCUGCAUCGUUUCCCGCUUGCGCGACCGUCGAAUCCUCGCCCGUGUCCUCGCAAGCGAGUCCAACGGAGCAAGCCGCGUCCCCGUCGAGAAUCCCGUCAGCGAGCGCGCGAUGCCACGAGGAAGCGACGCUGCUACCUGCUGCGACGGAACGACGUCGAACCGUGGUGGAGGUGUGCGAGAAGGUGGUGGUACCUCAGGGCAAGACACCCACGACGCCGCCGGUGACGCCGUUCAUCACGGUGAACCGCGUCAACGACAAGCAGAGCUCCGAGCUACACUACGACUCGUCUCCUCAGGAACGGAUCGUCGUCGAGAAAGCGGACCAGGAGGAGGCAACCGCUAUCCGGCCGGCGGCUUCGACAGUCGAGCACGAGCAACACGAACAGCACGAGAAAACGGAAACGCCGAUGAGCGUCGGGUUGCCCGCCACCACGAGGAAGUGCGUCGCCGACCUCGACGUGCACGAUGCGUCCGCAGUCGUCGCGCCGACGGCUAGUCCGCCGGAUAGACCGACGAGCCUGAGUCUGGCCAAACAGGAAGUUGGUCCGCUCGACACGUCGAGCGUCCUGAGUCCGGCCUCACCGAUUUCCAAACAGAUUCUACCGCUCACCUUGUCCAAUGACGAGGAGAUAAUCGCCGGUCAACCUUUCCUUCUGAGUCCACUGACGAGCGUGGAACCUCCCAAGGAGAAACCACCGCCGCCACCGGUGGACGUCAGUGACGAUGAGAAUCCUCCCCCGGAGCCGCUCAAAAGAUUAAACUCUACUCGCAGGAUCAAGAAAGAGUUGCGCACAAGACGCUCGGAUUUCCUCGGCAUCGAGGGGCAGGUCAACGAUGAUGAUCUCGAGCCCGUAUUGACGCUGACCAAGCCACCCGACAUGGCGGCUAUCCUUGCCGAAGAAAGACGCAUUGAACAACUUCACCGUCGUUCCUUCGACACAGACAGUAAUUAUGAGCAAGAUUCGAGUCACGAGAGAGACUCUGGGGUUGAACUGGGUCAUGUCGAGGAUUGGACGAAACAGCCUGUCAGUCCUGACAUGUCACAGCACAGCAGACAGAGCAGCGAGCCUUUCGGCGCCAGUGUGACCUCUUCCGAGGAGGAUGAGAUCACCAAAAAAGAGCGGGAGAUUAUCGAGGUCCUCGAGAAGGAGGAGCAGUGGCGGUACGGAGAUAAUCGCGAGUUCAACAGUGACUUAGGCGAAAGACUGGCCCACAAAUUGCGCGAGCUCGAGGAAGAGAAGAUGCAGCUGGAGAGAGAACGCGCGCAGGAGGUGAUCUUACGUUGCAACGAGGACGCGUUUCGCAAGCGGGACGACAAUAUGCGCAAGCAGGAGGACUCCUCGCAGGAGCAACAGCAACAGCAGCACGAUGAGACGGCAAAACAGCGGGAGACUCAAGCAGCGCGGGCAACGGAGGAGGAAGCAAAGUACACCGGGGACAAACGAAGAGACGAGGAGCUCGAGACGAUGCAGUCGGAGCAGCUGAGGAUGCAGAACGAGAUCGAGGAGAAGGAGCGAAAAGUCGCUGAUGCGUGUCGCAAAGAAGAGAUGCGCAUCCGGACGAUGGAGAGUCAGAUUCGCGAGCAAGAGAACAAGGCACUGGUCGGUGAUGGGUUGAGCAGCAACGAAGAUGAAUUUCCUUCCGGGGAGGUGUUACGAGUGGAGAGGGAACUUCUACAGUUAGAACAGGAAGAAUUGAAGAGACAACGCAAUAAUUUAGCUUAUCGCGAGCAAAAACAGCUUCGCUUGGCGGAGCAGCUGCAGGAACAGUGGAAAUCCUUGCAGGACGUUGCGCAGAGCUCCAUUAAGAGCACGCAACAAUACAAGUAUCAUACGCCCACGGUGAAUUAUGGAUCUUCGAUGCCGAACUUACAGUUUCAAGACACGCCAAGAAGAAGACCACCGCCACCGCCGAUCCCGCUUACUAAACCACGUAUGCUAGAUCAAAGACAAAGAGACGUUACUAUCAGAAAUAGCCGUAUACCGUCGGCAGACUCGAUUCCUCAACAAGUAGACGCAUCUAUUCGAGAGAGCGCAUCGGCAACGACACUCACGAGCCACGCUGGUCAACAAAUGUCCAGACAGACUUUACAGGCAUUGAGCGCGGUACCGCGACCACGAAUCGUCCAAGGCGAUCAAUGGGUUCAGCGGAGGAAGAGCGAUGUGCCGAGAGGCGCUCAUGAUUUGAACUACCAACAUUGGCUCAUUCAGGAGGCGGAACAUAGGAGGAUUAAUGAGAGAAAUCAACGAUCACCGGCGCGGAAAUCCCAACCACACGUAACUGGCACCUCCGUGCCUUACAACGCUCCGACUCGGGCAGAUACUAAACCGCUACCCGAUUCUAUCAUACAAACGCUAACACAAAGAGUACAAAAUAAAACGCAAGAGAAGCCUCUUUCGACGAGAAGAAGAUCGGAGCACAGUCAAGAGCACAUCUCGACCAUACAGCAUCAACCAUCGCAGUACGCAUUACCGCCUCAAAAAACGCAACAUACGCCAAUAGCAAGUAACGGCGGAAAUCAAGAGAAAAUGCUGAGCGUGAGUGGAAAGAAAAAAUGUUCGCACUGUGGAGAGGAAUUAGGUCGAGGUGCCGCGAUGAUAAUUGAGAGUCUACGGUUGUUUUAUCAUAUGGAAUGCUUCAAAUGUUGCGUGUGCCACGUGCGUCUUGGCGAUGGAUUGAUGGGAACAGACGUACGCGUCCGAAAUCAUAAGCUUCAUUGCCAUAACUGCUACUCCAGUGACGAUGGUACACAUAUUUUAACACUACCUUAGACUGUUAAAUAUAUCCGUACGAAAAAAAAUAAAUAAAUAAAAGAGCGCGUAUCGAUUCCGAGAGCGUCCAAUAAAAUGCACACCGCCCUCAAAUUAACAGCUAUGAAUAACAAAUUCACAUCGCAGGUAAUUGCAAACAUAAAACGCUCAUCGGCAUAAAGAAAGUUUCAUUGUAAACGUAAAACAAACUAUUAUUAGCGUCAUUGUGAAAGCGCGAAUGUGCAAAAAGCGUCUCGGAAGGAUAUCCUCACUUCAUAAUUCACAUCGCUGUUAAAUUUUCAGGUGUCAAGUUCAGUUGUGUAUAGAAGCCUGGUGAUAAACGGAAUUGCGCUGAUUAAUUUGAUCGUAACACUUUUCGACUAGGUCUUACCGAAUCAUAAUCAACCGUUCAGUUAAAAGCCAAAAAUAUCACUCAACACACACACACACACACAAAACAUAUAUAGGAAAGAGACAGAAAGAGACAGUGUAAAAUUUGUCAACGAGUGAGAUAGGAAGAAGAACGACAUCACUGUCAUCCGCCGAUUAGUUAUAUUAUCCCUUUAUAUCGAGGUAAUCAUACACUGUGUACGCAGCCAACUAACACAAAUCGCGCGCGCGAAGGAUGUAAAUAAGAUGUAUUUAUGUAAUUAGUGUAGAGGUAAGAAAACGCAGAAAAAGAGAGAAAGAAAGAGAGUCGUUGAAAGAAUUCAAUACAGAUGCGGGUGGCGUCGAUUCAGCGACGCUGUAUAUUUUUGUAAUAUAGUUUCUCAUACUAUUUAUACAAGUAUAUCUAAUUUACGCCGGUCAAGCAACACAAUGUGCGCGACUGGUUUCUUUCUUUUCUUUUUUUGCCGCCAGCUUCAAAUUUCUUUUUCUUGUUUGUGUCUUGAGCUGAAUCUUGUGCGAAUCGGGAGCGAAUAACGCGAAUAAUCGAGUCUCCGCCGAGACGGUCGAAUUCUAGCGAUUCUGUUUUUAUUCAGCAGCCAACUGUUACAAAAUCAAAAUGCGUCUCAUUGUACAGAUACUUCCGCCCGCGAUCGUCACCAACUCGAUGGAAUUGCGCGUUUAAGUGAGAGCGAAACAAUGGUCUCUCCCAACCGUUUCCCAAUCGUAACCCACAAUCGCGUUGAGCACGCGUUACGUUGUGAAAUAUUGUAACAUAUACAUUUCGUGUUAUUAACGUAUGUAAUUUUAUAUUAUUGAAGAGAAUAAAAAAUUAAGCAGAUAUAAAACA